AAUGAGUAAUGAUAAAACCACUGAUAAAUUACUUUUUUACUAUGCUUAUUAAUUUUUUGCUGUAUUACGUCACAACAAGCCACCAAAAGUUUAUGCAAGAGUCUAUCAGUCACGAUGUAUCCAGAAAAGAACAAAAUGAUAUUGUCACUCAAUUGUUUGAUUCUAGGACAAGCUUCCGAUAAAUGUUUCGCUGAAGACAUAGGCGAAAAAUAUUACGAUGAUAGUAAUAUUGUAGUCGAGUUUUCCGAUUUUAAAGUUUCACACUUCAAAGAGAAGCUCUUCCGUAGAGAAGAAGUAAAAGUUAAAGUUCAAAAUACUGGUAAAAUGGAUCUUUGGAAAGUUGACGGCAAGAAAGUUGAUGAAGAAGAAAAUAAUCUUAUAGAAUUUAAUAAAAGUGACAUCAAAGAUAAACUCGGAGGCGAAAAGAUGAACCCUCGAUUCCCGCUUGAAGACUAUUUUAAGGCUAAGGAAACUAAUACACGGGACAUCCAUGUCUUCAUUGUUUCCACUUCCACUGCCUCUGACUUUCCAAACAAAAGGACAAAGCUCGAAGGUUUGAUGUUUUAGAUCUAGGCUUGAACUUUAA